CACGGAGCCGGAAUCCCGCACCUCAGCUCCCGGCGUGGCAGGGACAAGGCGGAUCGCAGCCACCCCACGAGGCUAGAGGCGAGGUUUGUCAGCUGCGCGGGUGCCGACCUACUAGCAGACCCAACCCCACACCGGCCGCGGGUGAGCACGGAAGGCGGAAAUCCCCGACGGGAGGAGACGUGGGAGGGGAAAAGGGAAACGGCCUAAACAGAGCAGCCUUUGGCUUAGCUCGGCACAGCACAACUCGGGUAGCCGCCUGCGCCGCUGCGAUGGAGCUGACACGUUAUGGAUUUCUGUUACUGCUCCUUCAUACCAUGAGAGCCGUGACUGCACUGGAGAAGAAGAUCAUUGUCAGUAAACCUGGAGAAAACACUACAUUGAGUUGCAUUUAUCAAGGAAGAAAAUUGCACUUAAAAAAUCUACGGGUAUACUGGCAAAUAGAUGACGAUAAAGAGGAGUGUACAGUUGUACAUGCGCUGAUCUCUGGUCAAGACAAUGAAAGUAAACAGUGUAUUCACUUUAAAAACAGGACUCAAUUAUUCUGGGAUAGAUUGGAAGAUGGGGAUUUUUCUCUACUAUUACUAAACGUCAGCCAGAGUGAUGAACAUACAUACAAAUGUAUAGUACUGGAGAAAGCUGGCUAUACCAGCAUGGUUCAUCAGGAGGAAGUGGUUCUCAGUUUAGCAGACACUCAGCAGAAGCGAAGCAAUGGGUGUAGCACGGAAAGUCACAAAAGCCUGAAAAGAAAUGGACAAGGUGCUCAGGCAGCUGGCAUCAUUUUCAUUGUCAUUCUGAUAGGUGUUCUAGCUGUAAUAAUCUGCUAGCUGAGGAGACGGAGGUCCUCUAGACUAGAGUCCUGCACAGCACCUGUCUAAAUGGAAAGUCUGCCAAUAAUUUGGACAGCUGGGGACGUGUCAGGAGAAGCAUCACCCCUUACUGCAGUGGCGGUAUUACCUGUAAUACAAGUGAUAGAUUUCUGCAGAUCAUGCCAAGAGAGACGACAAAAAAAAAAAAAGCUUCUCCAACACAAGAGACAGCAAAAUCCACUGGAUUUCUGUUCCAGCCGCUGGUUGUGUCCACACAACAGUUGUAUCACCACACCAGCUAGCCACUUUGGACAGUCCUCUGUGAUAGUCUGUCAGUGGUUUAUGCUCCUGCACUGGAGAAAGCAGUAAGCCUGGGGCUUAGCUACUCUAUACCAAACUACGGAAAAGUGGAGAUUUCCCAGUCUCU